AUGGCUCAACUCGAACCGCCACGGGACCCUAUGCGGCCCUCCAGCACGCACAGCAUGUCAACCGACUCGACCCUCGGCCGCAGCGCUCAACCUUCAGUCCUCGAGAAGAAGGAUCCCGUAGACACCACCGUGGAUACCGCAGAGAUGCCGUCCACCAUGGAAAAACAAGAGGAGGCUCUCGACAUUGUCGUCAAGGCAACCGAUGCAAGCCCGGCGGAGGAAGAGCCGGAGUACCCAAAGUCGUACAAACUUGCAUUGAUCACCAUCGCUCUGAUGCUCUCGGUUUUCUGCAUGGCAUUGGACAACACGAUCAUCGCAACGGCCAUCCCCAAAAUCACCGAUCAGUUCAAAGCCUUGAACGACGUCGGCUGGUAUGGCAGCUCGUACCUCCUCACGACCUGCGCGACACAGCUCAUCUUCGGCAAGCUCUACAGCUUCUACUCUAUCAAAUGGAUAUACCUGGGGGCCUUGGCUAUCUUCGAGAUUGGAUCGCUGAUCUGCGGCAUCGCCCCUAACUCCGUUACCCUUAUUCUCGGCAGAGCUAUUGCUGGUCUUGGUGCUGCUGGCAUCUUCUCAGGUGCCAUCCUAAUCGUUGCCCAUACUGUACCACUCCGUCAGCGUCCUACAUACACUGGACUCAUCGGAGCCAUGUACGGCAUAGCCUCCGUUGCUGGGCCUUUGAUGGGCGGCGCUUUCACCGAUCAUCUCACUUGGAGGUGGUGCUUUUACAUCAAUCUGCCAUUUGGCGCCGUGACGGCAGCCUUCAUCAUCUUCUUCUUCCAAUCUCCCAAGCGUGUCAAGGCCACACAGGCAACGACUAUCAAGGGUCAACUGGCCUACUUCGACCUCGAAGGUACCGCUCUGUUUAUUCCGGCCAUUAUCUGUCUGUUGCUCGCCCUUCAGUGGGGUGGGUCCAAGUAUGAGUGGAACAGCGGUCGCAUUAUUGCUCUGCUCGUCCUCUUCGGCGUCCUUAUCAUAGGCUUCAUCGCCGUGCAGAUCUGGAAGCAGGAGAAGGCCACUGUCCCACCGCGGAUCUUCAAGAACCGCAACGUUUGGGGCAGCGCCUGGUUCGGGGCCAGCCUUGGUGCGGCCUUCUUCAUCUUCGUUUACUGGAUCCCGAUCUGGUUCCAAGCCAUCAAAGGCGUAUCUGCAACCCAGUCGGGUAUUAUGAACCUCCCUAUGAUCCUUGCUCUCGUGAUCGUGUCCAUUCUUUCCGGCGUUGCCGUUACAAUCAUUGGCUACUACACGCCCUGGAUGCUCGGCUCGUCUGUCUUCAUGGCCAUUGGCGCCGGCCUGCUCACUACCUUCGAGGUCGACACCGGGCAUCCGAAGUGGAUUGGUUACCAGGCCAUCUUCGGUAUCGGCGUCGGCAUGGGCAUGCAGCAGAUUCUUAUCGCCGUCCAGACCGCUCUGCCGGCCGCUGAUAUACCGAUUGGCACCGCCGUCAUGAUGUUCAGUCAGACCCUCGGCGGCGCCCUUUUCAUCUCUGUCGGCCAGAACGUUUUCACGAACACGCUCAUCAAGAACCUGGCAAUCGAGGCCCCACGGGUGCCGACGGGUCUGGUGCUCAUGACCGGCGCUACGGACAUAAAUAGGGCUGUUCAAGCACUCAGCCCAGAUCUGGUGCAACCCGUACUGAGGGCAUACAACACGGCGCUGACGCAGACAUGGUACGUUUCUGUGGCCAUGAGCGUGUUGUCCAUCUUCGGUGCCGCUGUGGUGCAGUGGAAGAGCGUGAAGGGCAAGAAGAUUGAGAUGGGAGGCAUGGCUUAA